CUCGUAUACAAACGCAUAUUAUACAUACAGGACAGAAGAACCUUACCCAGGUACGUGCGUUGGCACACGCCGCCAAUCUACUUCGCUGUGUCGCGUUCAGUCAAGUGGAAGCCAAUAAACAAACGGCAUUAGCCGCUGGUAUCGGGGAAAUGGCAACGGAAAGCACAAAACCAGCAGCAGCGCACUCCUGUUCUCUCUGUCCCCCAUUGAUCUUAUCCUCUUCAACCAUUGUGGCCUUAUAUAUUGCACGCGAUUCCCUUCCCACUGCUGCAUCAAAUCGAGAGUGGGGAACUAGGAGCUACUUCCUCUUUGCACUCACACUCGGGAGGUAUUGAAGAGAUGGGUUGUGCAAGCACGGCUUGUUUGGUGGUGGCAGCGAGCAUGAGCGCGGUGGAGGCGCUCAAGGAUCAAGCGGGGCUGUGCCGGUGGAACUACGUCCUCAAACCCCUGCAGCAGCGGGCGAAGAGCAGCAUGGGGUCGUUGUCUCAGGCCAAGAGGACAUCUUCCUCCGUCGACAGGAGGAGGAGAGGGUGGCAGGCGGCGGCGGAGAAGGGGAAGCAGUCGGAGGAGGCGCUGAGAACAGUCAUGUACUUGAGCCGUUGGGGUCCCAAUUAGAGGAUCCUUUUGCUUCAGCUUACUUCUCCUCUGUAAAUUAUCCGGCUUUGAUGAUGUAUAUAAAACCAUUUCU